AUGUCGGAGGUGAAGCUGGAUCCUGACGUUAUUAGUUACAAUGCUGGGAUGAGCGCGUGCGAAAAAGGCGAGCAGUGGCAACGAGCGUUGUCGUUGCUCAGUGAGAUGAUCGAGGCGAAGUCGGAGCCCGACGUGAUAAUCAGCUACAGCGCCGGGAUCAGUGCCUGCGAGAAAGGUGAGCAGUGGCAGCGGGCCCUGUCGCUUCUUAGCGAGAUGCAGGAGGCGAAGCUAGAGCCCGACGCGCACUCUCAACUACAAUGCUGGGAUCAGCGCGUGCCAGAAGGGCGAGCAGUGGUGGGCGGCCAUGUCGCUGCUCAGCGAGAUGCGUCAGGCGAAAUUGGAGCCCGACAUUAUCUUUGA